AUGAUAUACACGAUAGUGGUACUUAUGUUGGUAACUUUGGUGCACUCUGCAAGAGAACCUAAACAAAUAACAUUACUAAACCAAGGAACAAUAGCUGGGAUGUAUAUUACUAGAUUUAGAACGAAAAGAAUUGCAGCGUAUCUUGGUAUUCCGUACGCCCAACCUCCGAUAGAUUUCAGGAGGUUUGCCCCACCAGAAUAUACAGAUCUUCCUCAGUGGGAAGGUGUGAGAAAUGCAACAACAUUCGCACCAGAUUGCAUGCAAAGUGAUCCGAAAAAGGAAGAUGUACAAAAUCCACUUAAUAGACAUGAUGAAUUAUUCGCCAAAUUAUUGGAGUCACAGUUGGAAGAACCGAGGCAGAAGGAGUAUUCUGAAGAUUGCCUUUAUCUCAAUGUGUACGUUCCAGAUGAUUUUAAAAUGGAGAGAUAUCCUACAAUGGUUUGGUUUCACGGCGGUGAUUUUGUUCGAGGCAGUCCUAAUAGCAUUAAUCCGUUUCAGUUGGUACUGAAGCAAAAGGUAAUAUUUGUCUCCGUCGCUUACCGACUGAAUAUAUUUGGUUUCUUUUCAACUUUGGAUAAUGAGGCCUCUGGGAACUUUGGCUUGUUGGACCAAGUUGCUGCAUUAAACUUUGUAAAAAAUAACAUUCUCAGUUUUGGGGGUGACCCAGAUAACGUUUGCAUAUUUGGUCACGACGCAGGCGCUGUUAGUGUAGGACUUCAUCUGGUGUCUUCUUACUCCUCAGGACUCUUUCAAAAAGCUAUUGCUAUGAGUGGAAAUGUUCUAGCACCAGAUACUGUAAAUAUAGCGAGAAAGGAACUCAUAACUGUCGACAAAGUAGCCAGCGCUUUUAGUUGUUUCCGGAAACCAACAAGCAAACUCUUAGAUUGCCUCCGGCGUGUUAAUUACCAAGCUUUAUUAGACAUCGGAGAACCAUUGGCUCCUUGGAAACCGAUCGUUGAUAAUGGCUUCAGUAACAUAUCACAGCCUUUUCUAACAGACUUUCCAAGUACAAUGUUUCAAGACGAAACAUUCAGCCCAGUCCCGCUCUUAACAGGAUUCACUAAUAUGGAAGAUGCAUUGUUAUUUUAUAAAGAGGGUGACGAUUCAGGAAUAAGUCAAAGAGAAUUUGAUGUUAUGCGUGAAGAGAUGAUACUGUCUGAUAUAACAGUAGACAACAGUUCAUGUUUUACAAAUCAACAUCACAUUCAGGAUGCCGUCGAAUUUUUCUAUAAACCUAUACCACCUACUAACAACGAAACCAUAUUACGAAAAUUAUUUUUAGACUUUUAUACUGAGAAAGUAUACGGCGCUACCACUUACCUAUUGGCAAAACAUAUGAGCAAGCUUGCACCUGUAUACCUUUACAGAUUUGAUUUGAAACCGUUCACAGACGCUGCAAAUGAAGGCAUACCAGACUGGAUAACAGUGCCACACAAUUUUGAUUUAAUAUUUGCGUUUGGAUUACCAUAUUCGGCAUUGCCAGAAGAUUUGAAUAAAUGGGACUAUAGAGAUAAAAGUAUUUCCGAUAUUGUGAUGAAAAUGUGGACCAAUUUUGCAUGGUAUUCAAACCCGACUAAUUCUGGAGUUAUUAUCCAGUGGGAUACAUUUGAAAUAGAGAGACCGGGAUUCUUCAUCAUAGAUAGACAAAAUUUUACAAUGAGCACACCACAAACAAUUAACUAUAAGGCUUUAGAAUUCUGGACCGAUUUUUACCCGAAAGUACUUGAAAUCGGUACAAAAUGUUGCAAAGAGGUACAAGAGGAUUCUGGCUCUGAAUCAGUCUUAACGAGAAAAAAAUUAUUGAAUAUAAUCUUUAUCAAUUUAAUUUUUAUUUUUAUAAUUUGA